GUAAAGGUGGCAGAGGGCAAGGCAGGCCACGGCGCGGUCGAGGAGGGUCAUCCCGAGGUGGAAGGCCUCCAUUUGGCGCUCCUCGCAGAAAUCCUCUCGGAGUGAAUGCUCGACCUUCUGUCUACACUAUUGCCAAGGCAAGCUCGAUGUCUUAUGCAUUACAUAGACAAAUCUGCUAUGCUGUAUUGCCUCAAUGAAGGUUCUCUAGUUUUAUAAAUUCAAAUUUGAGAGGUUUCGGACAUCUUUUGAUCGUGGGGAGAUGCCCACAACUCUUCAGAAGGAAACAGCAGUCAUAUUGUAGAGAAUGCUCUAAGUUCAUGAUGGUUCUGUUCUUUUGGGAUUUUGUCAAGCACUCUGCAAGGAUGUUUGUGAAAAGUGAGAGAUUUGGUGGAAGUCUACUUAUCAUCUUAUGUAGAGGAGCAUCUUAGGUGAUAACUUAAGAUCUUUCACCAAAUUAAAAUCCUAACAUUUUGAGGCUUCAACUUUCUGCUAUAACUGUUAAAUCAAGAUCUCUCUAGUUUGUAUUGCCAAUCAUAAGAGGGGAAUUUGUGAAGGAUAUCUGCUGCUCUGUGAUGGAUGCCAUUACCAUACUGUGGAAUACUCUUGGGGCGAGAUUUAUGUUGUAUCACAGUUCAUAGAAUCUUGCGAAUGUGGUUUUCCUUUACCGAACUUGAGAACUGGAGCUCUCACCUUUUGUAUGGCACUGACAUGUCGUUCCGCAGAACCAAGAACUUUCCAUGGCAGAGUGGUCUGAUUGAAGAAAGUCUUAAGGCAGCUGGGCUGUCAGGAUUGGAAGCUGGUACAAAGUUAUUUAUUUCGAACUUGGACGCUGGGGUUUCCAAUGAAGAUAUUAGGGAGCUGUUUUCUGAGAUCGGAGAGUUGAUUCGGUAUUCCAUUCAUUUCGACAAAAAUGGGCGCCCACGUGGUUCAGCUGAAGUUGUUUUUGCAAGACGGAGUGAUGCAUUUCAAGCACUUAAACGUUACAACAAUGUCCAAUUGGAUGGAAAGCCUAUGAAGAUAGAGAUAGUUGGUUCCAAUGCAGAGAUCCCAUUGUUGGCUCGUGUUAAUGUAGUGGGUGGAGCAAAUGGCAAGAAAAGGACAGUUGUCAUGGCGUCUGGACAUGGUCGUUCAAGAGGUGGUUUUGCACCGGCAAGUCGUGGUUCUGGACACAGAGGUCGUGGAGGUUCUGUUACUGGACGCGGAGGUGCAGGUCGUGGCGGUGGCCGUGGUCGUGGAGGUGCACAAUGGAGAAAGAAGGUUGAGAAAUCUGUUGAUGACCUUGACAAGGAACUUGACAGUUAUCACGCGGAGGCAAUGCAAACCUAGAGAUGGGCUUGAGCUAUUAUUCACUUGUUGAGAUAUCUGUUUAGCUGUACAAUCUGGGUGUGCUUACAACUGCUCAAGUCUGUUAUCUUUACAUAAUGCUUUGGAUGAUAUUGCUUUCAGUAGCUGGAUGAUGGUAUUACUAUUAUCUUAAUAGUAAAGUAGUCCUUUGCUUUUUAUAAUACUAUAAAAUAUGUUUAUAUGUUUA